GUUCGCUAUUUCGUGCACGUGGGAAUAUGGCAAUCUCACGCAAUUUUUCGCGGUGCAUAAUACGAGGUCAUUUUAGACACGCGUGGCGAAAAUUCGGGGACAAUAUUUCAUUCAUGUGAGAGGAGAUGGAAAUCGUAAAUGUAUAAAUUCGAAAAAGAAAAAUUAUUAACCUUGAUUAAAAGCUUCAUACAAAUUUUACUUAAUCCGAAUGAUACCUCCUCCACCCGUUAUGUGGGCCCAAAGGAAAGAUAUCUUAUUUGUUACAAUCUGCUUAGAAGACUGUAAAGAUCCUGUUAUCGAAAUUGAACCAGAGAAAAUAUAUUUCAAAGGAGAGGGUGGCACAGAUAAAAAAAUGCAUGAAGUUACAAUUAAUCUAUAUAAAGAAAUUGAGCCCAGUAAAACUGUAAAAAAUUUGAAAGGUAGAACUUUCGAAUUAAUUCUUGCUAAAAAAGAAGAGGGACCAUAUUGGCCACGAUUAAUUAAGGACAAAACAAAGGCUCAUUGGUUAAAGAGUGAUUUCAACAAAUGGAAGGAUGAAGAUGAUACUGAUGAUGAAAGCAGCCCACCAGAUUUAGAAGAGAUGAUGCGACAAAUGGGUGGUCUGAGUGGUUCUGGUGACAGUAAGCCAAAUUUUGACGAUUUAGAUGAAUUAGGAGAUAACGAAGCCGACAGCGAUGAUGAAGAUCUUCCGGAUUUAUAUGAUUAAAAGGAUGAAUAACCGCAUCAAUUAACUGAUUAAUUAAUUACAUUAAAAACAAAUGGCAACCUAAGGAUAAUGCACAAUUGGGCAAUAUUUCAGUAGGUCUCGCUGUUUGUAUCUUCAAUUGCAAAUUCGUUAUAAAAUGGCCAUGUUGCAAGUAGCAAACUGGGCGCGUAAAAUGGACUACAAAGAGGAUACAGUGUGGUAACACAAUUGACGAACAGUAAUACACAGCUCUCGAGGAUCCUCCACACCUCACCCGCCUCCCUUUUUAGCCUGUAGUUCAUAUACUAAGUUAUAAUGAACAAGCUUUUUUAAUAAUGUAUUCUGUAAAGUAAUAAGGAGAUAAAAAAAGGACAAAACAAUA